AUGACAGCAGACUAUCAGCAAUUUCAAUCACUUUUGGUGGACACGGUAAUCUUUUGGGAAUCAGAUAACUCAUCAAGAGCCUCUUCGAAACCUCAAAUGUUCUUUAGAAGAAAGGGCAAGUCAAAGGCCAAAACAGAGGAAAAGUCCGCUGAUUCCAUUAAAGACAAAAGCCAAGAAUCACAGCAGCAGCCACAGAAAAUCAGCCACUCACAGCAGCAACAACAGCAACCCGAGGAAAAUAAAGCGAUGUCUGGAAAAGCACAGCCACCAAAUGGAUAUCAAUCAACACAAACAGGCCAAGGCUUUGAAAAUACUCCGAGACAAGAAAGCCAUAAAUCCGUCAUGGCCCAGUAUGAUCUCGAUGAUUCAUAUGGUUUAUUGGUCCCCGGACCAAGGUUCCAAACAAGUCAAAACAGCUUUUCCAACCCUUCUGUUUCCUCGACUAACAUUUCGGAUAACGGGUCUAUUAACACACAAGAUGCAUUGCAAUUGAUAUCAAAGGGAGUAAAGCUAGAUCAUACCGAUAUAUUUGUCCCUAGACCAACACCAACUGGUAAUUCGCCAAUUUCUUGCUUAACUCCGGCAGCACAAUCGCUUAACAGCUUCAAUAACUUAUCCUUCGCAGGUCAGGAUAUAUUUUCUGGUCAUAUGUCAACAGAGAAUUUUAAAUCUGUGAACAAGUCAUCAAAAGCAAACGGAGAAACAACCAGGAACCACCACGUCAAUAGAUCAACCCCAAAUUUACAAAGCCCUAUCAAGCAGAAACAGGAUAAUCUAAAGAAAGACUCACGGAAAAACAAGAGCAAUAAUUCCUUUUUCAAAAGGCUCAGUAAACUAAGCUUCUCCUCAUCGUCCAUAUUCGAACAAAUGUCACCUCCACCUCUUCCGCAGUCCAAAUCGGAUGAUUCUAUUAUAAACAGCGAGAGGAAGGCGAAAUUCAAUAGUAACCCAGAAUUGUUGAAUAGCAUGAAGGUGGAGAACAUUACAGUCUUGAAUCUUCAGAACACCAAAAGGGAGACUAAAAGAUUGUCUAAGAGACAGCAAAACAAAUUAAAACGACAAUCCCUCAAACAGCAGCAACUUGAAUUAAAAGAAUACUAUAAAACCCAUCAAGAAAUUCCAUCAGUUCCACCAGCAUUUCUACUUACACCUAAUCCUGUUGAAAGAAAGAUUCCCGCAACAGUUUUAACCAAAGCAGAAAAGACAUAUCCGCAAACCGUGAAAAGAGCCUCAAUGCAGACCAAUUCCCAUAUAGUCACUCCAAAUCCGACCCCAAAAACCGAAUUGAGCAAGACCUCAACAGCAAAGAGAUUAGCUGUUAAUCAUGAACUUACUGGGCCAAUGCCAACUCCAGAGGAAUUAACCAAAAAAUCCACUAUUAUUUCAAAGAAAUACAUUCCUGGUCCCUCUGAUAAACUUGGAACGUCUAAGAUAGAUGAUGUCCUCAGCAUUGAAAAUCCUGACUCUCAUAACACCUGUCCUCCAACUCCUCCCCCACAUGCUUCGCUACCAUCAUAUAUCAGAGCUGAUUCAUCAGCUGGACAAGAAUUCGAAGACCAAAUAUACCAAGAACAACAUUUCAUGAAUGGUGAGCAGAAUGGCGAAGUGAACAAUGAUGGUGUAUAUUACACUAACGAAUUGUAUACCCUCUCGGAGAAGUCGGUCGAAAACUCGAUCAAUAAUACUCAUAGCAGAAAUAUCUCAAAUAGUUCCCGUAACGUGGCCGCUGGCCCCAAUGAGGGCGUUUUCUUGACCCCAAUGCCAAUUCCACAAAAGCAAAAUGUUGACAAAACUCAAAUGGCUACGUACAUAUACUCCAGAACAAGCUCGGUUGAUAAUUUGAACAAUCCAGUUUUGAUGGAUUACUCGUCUGCUUCUAUGCAUUCCUCGGAUUUUUUCAGUGCUUCCUCUGGCAGUGAAGAUGAGCUUGAUGUGGUCUCCAAUUCUAAACCUAAAUUUGUGGUCACUAAAAGGGAACAAUCCAAGAGAACCCCUGUUCAACAACACGAUUAUGAUAUUCUUGAUGAUAUUGUUGAAUUUGACAAUGAUGAAGAACAAGAACCAAGAACCAUGAGUACUGCCCUUGGUAAUGCCCUUAACUAUCCUUCCUGUAUCCUUGAGAUUAAUAAGACUCCUGAGCUUCCAGGAUACCCUGCUCCUGUUCUUCCAGUUGAAGCCUCAUUAUCUCAACAAGACUAUACCAGUACCCCACAACAACCAAAUUACUCUGCCCCAAGCGUGCCUUUGAAUAUGAUCCCAGUUCCAAUUCCAGUUAAGGAUCGGGUUCCAUAUGAUGGUGGUAUCAACCUUGAUGAUCUUAAAUUGAUUAAAGAUGGCCAUUACUACAAAAAUUUGGUUCGUAUGGGCUCAGGUAAGUCUUUCAGUUCAACCAAGGUUAGAAUUGACUUCAGUUCUGAAAGCAACGGAAGCGACGAUUUUUGA